AUGCAUCAAGCAUCGUCUGAACUCGCAUUCCUCCAACUCACAGCGCCGUUAUAUGGGAGAAAUGGACCGCGCCAAUUCCAGGAUCUGUUGCGACGCUACCAAACGCACUGGAAAGAAUUGCCAGAGGCAGCCAAGGAUGGCAGCUCUUCGGUCUGGACGAUGACACUCGAUCACGCUCAGCAGCGGGUGAAGGCGGCUAUGCCCCAUAUUACAGACUUCAUCUCAUGUGAAUCUCGGGAGCCAGCUCUUCUGGACCCCCGGUCAGGUCUCGUCAUAUCACACAAAAAGGUGCGGGAGUUCAUAGUAAAUUUCGAUCUCAAGCUCCCAGACUCAAGUUGUGGGAAGCCACGGGUGGCGGUGGUUCUUCCCAACGGUCCCCUCAUGGCCCUGGCCUUGCUUGCAGUAGCCAACCGCUAUACCCUGGUGCCGAUGGCAACUACAGCAGCCCCUGAGGAACUAAUGAGAGAUCUUGACGCGGUAGGGGCAGAUGCAGUUCUCAUACUUGAUUCUGAUAUGAAACGGCUGCAUACAAGGGCAGAGUUACUCGUCUUCACAGUUCAACCACAGGAUGACUUGACAUUCAGCGUUACUUGCGCAAACUAUUCCACUAUACCGCGUGGAGCCCGGAACCCUCCCAAUGGCCCAGAUGAUCUGGCCAUUAUUUUGGCCACGAGUGGAACUAGUGGUACCAAGAAGCUGGUUCCAAUCACCAUGUUCAAUCUUCUGGUCAGUGCAACAUUCAUCAUGGACAGUUUGGAGCUGGGUCCUGGAUCUCGCUGUCUGAAUAUGAUGCCGCUCCAUCAUGUUGGCGGUAUGAUGCGCAGCUUGUGGGCUCCCCUUGUGGCAGGGGGCAUGACGAUCUGUUGCUCUCAGUUUGAUUCGAACCUCUUCUGGGAUGUAGUGGAAGAACAUCGCCCAACGUGGUACUACGCUGCACCGACAAUGCAUGAAAUGAUAGUAGCCGAAGCUGUGCAUCGAGCUGUUGCCGUUAGAAAAAGCACCAUUACAUUUAUCUGUAACGGGGCGGCAGCAUUGCCCUCGAACCUUGCACAGCAGCUCCAAGACAUAUUUCGAUGCUCAUUGUCACUCAGCUAUGGAAUGACUGAAUGUGUACCCAUCACUGCACCGCCUAAGACCGGCGGUUUCAGUCGGCCUGGGAGUUCAGGAGUUGCCGUGGGGCCAGAGGUAGCGAUUUUUAAUACUCAGUAUACGCAGCAGCGUGCCCCUACUGGCUCGGUGGGUCGGAUCUGUGUGCGAGGCUUGCCCGUAUUUCCGGGUUACCUGGCCGCAAGUGGGCUGGACCGAAGCUCAUUCACCCCAGCAGGGUGGUUUGACACAGGUGAUCUCGGAUUAGUCGACGAGGAGGGCUGGCUCUAUAUCACAGGGCGGACGAAAGAAGUCAUCAAUCGCGGAGGGGAAACCAUCUCACCCGUUGAGGUUGAGGACGCCAUCAUGUCGGCUGCCCGAGACCCUUUAUCCAAUAUAUUUGGCCGUAUUAAGGAAGCUCUAGCAUUUCCGACUCCCCAUGACCUUCUUGAAGAGGUCGUCGGCGUGGCAAUUGUAACCCCAGCAGGUCGCACAAGGCCAGAUCUGCGUCAAAUGCACCAGGCCCUCAAGGAGCGCCUGCAUCAACCUAAAUGGCCCGUCCUCUUGGUUUACAUGGAUGACCUUCCUAAGUCACAAAACAAAUUGCGUCGCAUUGGCUUAAGCCAGCGCCUGAGGCUGGGGAUAUUGACCGACCACGUUCCCGCGGCCGAGCGGCACUACGAGGCGCGGUGUCCACCGGUAGACACGCCUGUCACCGUGCCCAUCGCUCAAACACGAUGUGCGAUUAAUUUCCGUCUGGUGGAGGGAUGUCUCACACAGGUGUCCGGCCUGUCAGACAUUAUUGUACAAGUCCAUGCGGACGGAUACCCGCGAGCGAUCAUCUUCAGGAAUGGGACAGGUGAAGCCUCGACCGAGGAGAUCAUCGCCCGCCUCCCAGAUCUUAUGCACGGGUAUCUAAUCCCCAGUAGAUUGGAUGUGCUGGAUGGGCCUAUUCCGCGGAACACGCAUGGGCUAAUCGACGAGGCGCUUGUGCAAGCCAAGCUGGCUGCAAUGCAUCCAACGGCCACGUCACCCAUGCAGCAGCGAGUAUCUAAUCUCUUCGCGACGGCACUCAGGCGUGCCCCAGAAGAUAUGACGCCCGCGACCGACUUCUUUGAGUCAGGUGGGGAUAGUAUGGGCGCGGGCCAGCUUAUCUCCAAGAUCCGGCAGGAGUUCCGGGUGCCUGUGGCAGGGGAUGUUCUUUUCCAGCACAGUACCGUGGGCGCUAUCACGGCCACCAUCGAGGCGGCAAUUGCUGAAUCCGAGACACGUAAAAUUGAAAAGCACGAGCUUCCAGGCUGUCGAGAGACGUACAGCUCCACCCGGCCUUGGGUGCUAUUUCUGAAUCUGGUUCCCUCCGUCAUCCUUUACCCAAUGCUUCAGGCCCUGCGUUGGACAUUGCUGGUUUAUCUACUAUCUGAAAUAUCGACCCGGUUUCCGCUGCGCCCGAAUCUUUUCGGACGGUUGCUUGGCCUCAUCCUCAUCCAACUAGCUGUUCAACUGCUGAUGGCAAUAGUUUCGCCCUUGAUAGGGGUCGCACUGAAAUGGCUGCUUGUUGGUCGAUAUCACGCAGGAAUGUAUCCGAUGUGGGGGCCGUACCAUAUGCGGUGGUGGCUGGCACAGAAGGCGCUCCAAGUGUGUGGCAAGGGUGUCUUCGACUGCUAUGACCAGAGCCGGAUCUGGUACUACCGAGCCCUGGGGGCACGUAUUGGACGAAAUGUCUCUAUUGACGAGAACACGGCUCUUGGGGAGUAUGAUCUCCUACACAUUGGCGACGGUGUGGUGCUGGAGAACUGUAUCUGCCGUCCGUUCGCGAGUGAGCGCAAUACCUCGAUGCUGCUCCAGCCCAUCUCCAUUGGGGCCAGCUCAUAUGUGGGCCUCCGAUCGACUGUUGUGCCUGGGACCACGCUGCCUCCCAAUACGUGUAUCGGCGCCAAUUCGUCCACCUGGGAAGUCGACGAUGCCGACGAGUCCAACCGCGACCAAUCUUCUGCCCGGUCUCUGGAGACCCACUGGGUCUGGCAGAUCUUAGUCGUGGGGUGGCUGCAGAUCUUUGUCCACUUCGUGUCAGAACUGCCGCGAAUCGCAGGACUGCUCCCCAUCGUGAGUCGCUAUCCGACCGUCGCGGACGACCGGCUGAAACACACCAUCUUCUGGCUUACCAGCCGGACCCGGAUCGGCUACUUUCUUCUCAUGCGGCUCUACUCUGCUGUGGCGGGACCCCUUGCAUGGUUUCUGGCGGUGCUCGCUGUGAAGCGUGGCUUGGAUGUAUCUUGUGGCCGACCCUCGCGAGGCCCUAUGAACACACUGCGUCCAGCUCAGAAGGUGCGAUACGCGGCCCUCAGUGCGAUCAUUCCGCAGGGGGACAUCUCGCGCCUUGCGCAGCUGGUGGGGCCGCACUACGAGCUGGUCUCUAUGGCAGUGCGAAUGCUGGGCGGGCGUGUGGGGAGUCGCGUAUACUGGCCCCGUACGGAGUUGAAACUGAUCCCGGAUUAUGACCUGGUGGAUAUCGGGAACGAUGUGGUAUUUGGGUCCCGGUCGUGCUUGGUCACAGUGGACGGGGUGGGCAAAGACCCCAUUGUUAUCAAAGAUGGGGCUAUGCUGGGGGACCGAUCUGUGGUGCUUCCGGGGGUAACCAUUGGGACGCGCACGAUGGUGGGAUCGGGCGCAUUGCUGCGGCGGAACGGCUCCUAUCCGGACGACAGCGUCUGGACUGGCAGCAGGCAUGGUGAUGCAGUCCGCUUCCCUCAACUCAAGGGGAAGGGGGAAGGUACUAAAGAUUCCGAAGACGGGGAGCGUGACACGACAAGGCCAUUUGGGCGAGCACUGUACCUUGGGAAGGCUAACUACCACGUGCUGGGCCAGGGGCCUAUCAUCGGAUACUCUACCUGCAUGGUUGCCUUCACUGCCGUAUACCCCAUGGUGACGCCGCUGGCAGCAUUACUGGUGCUGAGCCGUCUGCUCCCAAUAGAACUAAUGGCGUUUGAGAUGCGAUGGUGGCGUCCGUUUGCCGUGUACGGUGUGCUGGCCGCAAUUAUGGUGGCAGUCACUCUAGCGCAAGGUAUCUUAUCUUUAGGGAUUGUUAUCGCCAGCAAGUGGAUGCUCCUCGGACAGCGGCGGGAAGGUUCCUACCCUUAUGACCGCAGCAGCUAUUGCCAGCGCUGGCAGAUCCAGCGCACCAUCGAUAUCCUCAUCGAGGAGUCUUUUGGCGGGAGGGGGAUCCUGUCGUUAAUCAGCGGGACAGCGUACCUGAGCUGGUUCUAUCGGGCGAUGGGGGCCAAGAUCGGGUCUGAUUGUGCGUUAAGCGCCAACGGGGAACCGCACAUAUUUCUCACCGAGCCGGACUUGGUGACGCUGGGGGAUCGGGUGACGGUGGAUGAUGCCAGCCUGGUAUGCCAUCUCAAUACUAGAGGGGAGUUCGAGCUGCAUCCGCUGCGGGUGGGCGAUCGGAGUGUGAUGCGCACGGGAUCGCGGUUGCUAUCGGGGGCAUCGAUGGGGGAGGAUGCAUGUCUGCUUGAGCAUACGUUGGUGCUGUCGGGGGAUCAUGUUGAGGAUGGGACGACGUUGCAGGGCUGGCCGGCGGAGGCGUUUAUGGGGGAUCGACUACGACCGUAG